UUUGUAGAUGACCGAUGGUGUGUCAUUAGUGCGGUACAAAAAUUCUAAACAAACCACAUGCGUUUCGCACCCAAAAUAAAGGAGUAUAAUCAAAGAACUUUGUGAAAAUGUCUCGACGUCCUGAACACAUCGCUCCGCCGGAAAUUUUCUACAACGAGGAUGAAGCGAAGAAGUAUACAAACAACACACGCAUUAUUGAUAUCCAAGUACAGAUGUGUGAGCGUGCUAUCGAACUGUUGGCACUGGAUCCGGACGAUGAUUCUCCGCAGCUUAUUCUCGAUAUCGGUUGCGGUUCUGGUCUUUCCGGAAGUGUAUUGGAGGACCAAGGCCAUUUAUGGAUCGGAAUCGAUAUAUCAAACAGCAUGCUGGAUGUAGCAAUCGAUCGCGAAGUCGAAGGCGAUCUGUUGCUCGGUGAUAUGGGCCAAGGAAUGCCUUUUAAGGCAGGUACGUUUGAUGGAGCCGUAUCGAUUUCGGCUCUACAGUGGCUCUGCAAUGCGGACAAAAAAUCACACGUUCCACCAAAACGUUUGUAUCAGUUCUUCACUACGCUGUUUUCGUGUUUGACUCGCAACGCUAGGGCGGUGUUUCAAUUUUAUCCUGAAAAUGCAGAUCAGAUUGAGAUGGUCACUUCCCAGGCUAUGAAAUCCGGCUUCUACGGUGGUAUCGUAGUGGAUUAUCCAAAUUCUACGAAGGCAAAAAAAUACUUCUUAGUGCUGAUGACUGGUGGUGUGGCUAAGCUCCCCGUCGCUCUCGGUACUGAUGAAAGUGCGGGACAGAUUGGAUACAGUCGUAAGCAAGUAGAAUACGCGAAGAAAGCCAGGGGAAAACCACUGAAAAAGUCCCGCGAAUGGAUCUUGGCAAAGAAGGAACGGCGAAGGGAACAUGGUGAAGAAACGCGUCGAGAUUCACGAUUUACCGCAAGGAAGCGAAGUGGCCGUUUUUGAAGCAUAAAUCAUCAUCUUCAUCAACAAAACAAAACAAAACUCUGCCAACUUGGUGUUUUUUGACUCGCGAAGCACGGGAGCCUUCUGUAUAUUGUUAUUGGUCUAAAAUAUUUACAGAUAAAUAAUACGAUGACUCCAGUUUAACACAAA